AUGCCACUUAUGACAGUAGAAAAUCAGUCGGAAAAGGAAAAGAUGAAGCUACUGCAAACGCUCACCGGGCAUCUGGGCCGCGUGUGGAGUGCAUCAUGGCAUCCGAGCGGUACGAUAUUCGCUUCCUGCGGUGAGGACAAAACGAUACACGUAUGGAUGAAGAAUGAUGCCGACCGGUGGAUAGCAGAGACCGUGCUGACCAAAGGCCAUACGCGUACCAUACGCGAUGUAGCGUGGUCCUGCUGUGGGCACUACCUUGCGUCGGCCAGCUUUGACACGACAGUAGCGGUUUGGGACAAAAAGUCCGGCGAGUUCGAGUGUAAUGCCACACUGGAGGGACAUGACAAUGAGGUGAAAAGUGUAACCUGGUCAAGAUCGGGCGGUAUGCUGGCGACGUGCAGCCGGGACAAAUCGGUCUGGAUCUGGGAGGUGCACAGUGCCCCGGACCAGGAGGACGAGUACGAGUGUGUGGCGGUGCUGAACGGGCACACACAGGACGUGAAGAAAGUGUGCUGGCAUCCGCACGAAGACAUACUGGCGUCCGCCAGCUACGACAACACGAUACGGAUGUACCGGCAGGACGCGGCCGACAAUGAGUGGGAAAUGCUCGAACCGAUGGAAUCGCACAGCUCGACCGUGUGGAGCAUAUCGUUCGACGCGACCGGCAAACGGUUGGCAUCGUGCAGCGAAGACAAAACGAUCAAAAUCUGGCAACAGUACGGACCGGACAAUACGCUCGGCAUACCGUGCCCGGACAAGGGUACGGUGUGGAAGUGUGUGUGCACGCUGUCCGGGUUUCAUACGCGCAGCGUGUACGAUAUCGAUUGGUGCAAACGGACUGGUCUGCUCGCGACGGCUUGCGGGGACGAUAUGGUAAGAAUCUUUAGAGAAGCGGCCGAUUCCGACCCGAACGAACCGACGUUCGAGCUGCUGGAAACGGUUAUGGCACACUAUCAGGAUGCGAAUAAGGUCGCCUGGCAUCCGGUCAUACCGGGGAUGUUGCUGACGGCGAGCGAUGAUGGCAAGAUAAAGCUGUGGCAGUAUGAGGACGAGGCAUAG